GAGGCUAAACAAAAGUCUGGUGGUUGCCCUGUUUUUCUUUUCUUCUCGGUGAAUACAAGUGGUCAGUUUGUCGGUGUUGCAGAGAUGGUAGGACCAGUUGAUUUCAACAAGAGUUUGGAGUAUUGGCAGCAAGACAAGUGGAUCGGCUGCUUUCCUGUAAAGUGGCACAUCGUGAAGGAUGUACCAAACAGCUUGUUGAAAAACAUCACGCUGGAGAACAACGAAAACAAGCCUGUUACCAACAGUAGAGAUACUCAGGAGGUCAAAAUAGAGCAGGGCCUACAGGUGAUUAAGAUAUUUAAGGAUCAUAUUAGCAAACAGUGCAUCCUUGAUGAUUUUGACUUCUAUGAGGAUCGUCAGAAGAGAAUUCAGGAAAAGAAGGUCAAGCAGCAGCUAUUCCAGAAGCAG